CGUCGCUGCAAGGCUAACCUCCCCAGUCCCCUUCCAUACUCUGGCUCCAGCAGGGCUGAUCCGGGAUCUCGAUGCUGUAAUCCAGCUCGGCCGAGGCCAUGGUGAAGGUGCGGGCCGUCAGCACGGGCCUCCCGCCGGAACUCCCGCAGUUUCACCUCGCCUGGGCCGGACGCCGCCAGGCCACGCCCACAUCCCGCCCACGCCUGGCGCUGCCCAAUCCCCGAGCCGCGUUCUGUGACCUCCCUCCUAGCAACCACCAAGUCGCUCCGCGCCUCCCGCCGCACCCACUAGCCGGGCCCUCCUGUCUUUGGCCCACAGCAAUUGGCUGACUCUCUUGAUUUAGAUCAAGUGUUGGUCAGCGGGCCGCGUUCUUGGAGCGUCCCCAUCCCCUGUGAAGGUUGGUCCACACUUGUUCCCCCAGUUCUAAAGGCUGACUGGACCCUGCGGUGUCUUCCUGAAGCAGCGUGGGUACCCUUCCGAGGAGCACAGGCCCCGUGUCCUCUGGGGAGUAGUAGAGUCAGCCUGGGACUGGCCGAACAUGACUUCUGUAAAGGAGCAGGCCGCCAUCAGCCGCCUCCUGAGUUUUCUGCAAGAGUGGGACAAUGCUGGCAAGGGCCGAAGAGCUCAGAUUCUCACCAAGUUCAUCGGAACCAACGAAGGCAAGACCGGUCCCGAGCUGGAGCUGGAGUUUUCCCAGGGAGCCAGCUUGUUCCUCAUACGGCUGACCACCUGGCUCAGAAUCGUCUAUAUGACUGGCUUGGAUUUAGAGAAGAUCCUGAGAUCCAUUGGUAUCUUCUUGUGCGCCGUGAGCAGCAAUCGGUACCUGAUAGAAUUUCUUGAGAUUGGAGGUGUCCUAACACUCUUGGAAAUACUUGGCCUAGAGAAAAUCAAGGAAGAGGACAAGAAGGAAUCCAUCAAACUACUUCAGAUCAUCGCAAACACUGGCAGGAAGUACAAGGAGCUCAUCUGUGAAAGCUACGGUGUGAGAGCCAUAGCAGAAUUUCUGGCAAAGUCUAAAUCAGAAGAGACCCAGGAGGAAGUACAGGUUCUGCUGGACACUCUGGUCCAUGGUAACCCCAAGUACCAGAAUCAAGUGUAUAAAGGUCUAAUAGCUCUGCUGCCCUGUGGGUCCCCAAAAGCCCAGCAGCUGGCCCUGCAGACUCUCAGGACUGCCCAGUCAAUCAUUGGGGCAACACACCCCAGCAUCGUGGAUUAUGUGCUCAAGGUCCUGGACUCAAUGCAUCUGGAAGUCCAGUAUGAAGGUAGGGAGGCUCCCAGGUCACCAAAGGUGGCAGCAAGGGGCCCUUCUCCUGUGUCUUCCUCCAGUCAUAAAGAGCCUGGUGCUGAGUGUCUAAAAUAACAUUGAUGGGGGAAAGGCUGGUUUAGUGUGAACCAGCAAGUCGUUCAGAAAAUGGUAGUUAUAUUCAUUUGUUUGAGCAGUCGUUAGAACCGGCUAGGUCCAGAGCGCCUCUCACGUGCUUCUGGCUGUCCGCACUGAAGCCCCUGCCUGAGGGUGUGACUGAGUGAGAGCAUGCUCGUCCAGUGUGCACAGGCCUGGGUUGGACUUCAAGCAUGGAGAAA